AUGUCGGAUGUACUGACCUAUGAUGAUGUGCCUGUAAACUUCACUGAGGAAGAGUGGGCAUUGCCCAAUCCUUUGCCAAAGAAUCUCUACAAAGCCGGUUUGAGUGUUUCUGAGUGGUGUGCUCCGAGUGACUCUUCAGCAUGCUAUGAGGGGAGCUCAGGGAAGCUGAGAACUCCAGACAUGGAUGUACUGACCUAUGAUGAUGUGCAUGUGAACUUCACCCAGGAAGAGUGGGCAUUGUUGGAUCCUUCUCAGAAGAAUCUCUAUCAAGAUGUGAUGCUGGAGACCUGUAGGAAUCUCACUGCUAUAGGCUACUUUUGGGAAGACCAUGCUAGUGAAGAAUAUUUUAAAAGCUUUAGAAGACAUGGAAGACAUGAAAGAAGUUUAAUGGAAAAGCAACCCUCUAAUUUUAUUCAAUGUUGCAAAGCCUUUGCACAAAGCAGUCAUCUCCAAAGACAUAUAAGAACACAUACAGGAGAGAAACCCUAUGAAUGUAACAAAUGUGGCAGAGCCUUUGCACAAAGCUGUACUCUCCAAAAUCAUAAAAGAACACACACACGAGAGAAACCCUAUGAAUGUAAUCAAUGUGGUAAAGCUUUUGUACGCAGAAGUACUCUCAAUAUACAUAAAAGAUCACAUAGUGGAGAAAAGUCUCAUGAAUAUAACCUAUGUGGCAAAGCCUUUGCACAAAGAAGUGCUCUCCAAAAACAUAAAAGAAUACAUACAGGACAGAAACCCUAUGAAUGUAACCAAUGUGGUAAAGCUUUUGCUCGAAGGAGUCAUCUACAAAACCAUAAAAGAAAGCAUACAGGAGAGAAACCCUAUGAAUGUAAUCAAUGUGGUAAAGCUUUUGCACAAAGAAGUACUCUCCAAAAACAUAAACAAACACAUACUGGAGAGAAGCCCUAUGAAUGUAACCAAUAUGGUAAAACCUUUGCAGGAAGAAGUAAUCUCCUGUUACAUAAAAGAACACAUACAGGAGAGAAACCCUAUGAAUGUAAGCAAUGUGGUAAAGCCUUUGUGCAAAAGUGUCAUCUACAAAAACAUGAAAGAAAGCAUAUAAGAGAGAAACCCUUUAAGUGUACCCAAUGUGGUAAAGCUUUUUCACAAAGCAGUGGUCUCUAAAAUCUUAAAAGUAUACAUACUAGAGAGAAACUUUUUGAAUGUAAACCAAUAUGGUUUUCUACCAUUUUCACAAAGCAGUGGCCUCCAAAUACAUAAACAAUGACAUACUGUGGAGAAACCUCAUGACUGUCAUCAAAGUUCUCUAGCCCUUUUACAUAACAAUCAUCUUCAAAUCCAUAAAAGAAUAUAUACUAGAGAAAAAUGCUGUGACUGUACCUAAGAUGGUAAAGCCUUUGCCCAAAACAGUCAUUUCCUAGCACAUAAAAUAAUACAGAUUACCUAGAAACCCUAUGAAUAUAAGAAAUGUGGUAAACCUUUUGCAAGUCACAGUACUCUCCGAGUAAAUACAAGAAGACACACUCAAGAGAAACCCUAUGAAUA